AUGUUGGACCAGUGGACCAGUGGACCAGCAGAGCUGUCCUGUACUUGGGGUGGGCGAGAGGCGGCUAGGGGCCAAGGGGACAAGGGGACAAGGGGCCAGCACAUCAUCCCGCCGCCCCCCCUGGCCGUGUGUGUAUGUGUGUGCAUGUGUGGCCUCUCUCCCACUCCCGCGGCGACGGCGACGGCCACGUCAGCACGUGAUCAGCCUCAACCCUCGUGCUCGCCCGCCCUCGCUGCUGUUUCGGCGCAGGUGGCAGCCAAUUUCACACGCCGCCAGGCUGGCAGGCUGGCAGGCUGGCAGUUGAGUUUGGAGGCGCGCUCACGACGAUCAGCGUCCCCUCAAGCUUUUGCUGACACGGCCGACAAGCACUAG